UCCUCUCUCUCUCUCUCUCUGUUCUCUCUACAACCCUCUCUGUCUUUUAUCUGCUCUCAGGCCAUUCUAUCUAUUUCACCAACAACAGUUAGCUGGGAGACAGAGAGGAUGGAACAACAGGAGGAUUUCUUAAUAUCUGUUCAACAGCGUUCUGCAGUCUGCCGACGUCUGUUAGAGAAGAGUGAACUUUUUUCGCCACAGUGGGAUAUCUCUACUCGCAGGAAGUGUGUGAUUUUCUAACAAAAGGAUAUCUUGAUAAUAAGAUGUCUCUCUUUUUCUGGAAGAAUGGAUUGUUGAUGCUGCUUCUAUACUAACUGAGGCCUUGCUUACUGAAGAUGAUAGCUGGAUAUACACAGUCAGUAAUGUCAGUGUAUCCCCGAAGAAGACACAGGGAGCAGAAGCUUCUGGACGUGGAGGCAGUAAAGUCUAACAGGGAGGAAGAUGAGGAAAAAGAUUGUUUGCAGCAGCUCUCCCUCUGUCCUGCUUGCGACCAGAGCUAUGACAUCGUCCUGUUCCUGCCGUGCUCUCACACCAUGUGUGGUCACUGCAUAGCAGCCGGAGAGGGAAUAAGAUCAGGUCAGUCUCCUCACCGUGGCGUCGGCCUGCCGGUCUGCUCUGUGCUGUGCCCACGCUGUCGACAUCCUGUGGAGCUGCCAUGCUGGACCUGGUCAUCUGCCACUUCCUGUCUCCCAGAACAUCCCACCCUGAGUCCCGCAUGUGUCAGUAGGGAGACCGGCACCAAGGAGGGAGCUUCUGUAGAUCACCUUCAAUAUGUGCAGGGGGACACAUACUGCUGGGAUGCAGGUGACAUGACAGCAAAGAGCUGUUUACAUGAAUUGUGUACACUCUCCCUAUUUGACCCAGGCUCCAAUGCUGCCAGUUCCUCAGUAGCACCAGUGGAUGUAGACCUACGAGAGGAGGAGAUGGAGCGGUCUGUCUUCGGACUAUGUUUUGCUCUGGACCGUUCAACUGUCCCUCCAUCGCUCCAUCUUUCCGACUCCUCCCUCACCGUCACCUACCGAGAAGAGGGCCCUCCUCCUGGUCCACCUCCGGACAGCAAGGUCAGGAGAUCAGCGACCUCUGACCCCGAAGUUACACUGGCCCUCCCCCAGGUCUGCGCUGAUGUUGUCAUUGCACGAGGACAGUAUUACUGGGAGGUGGAUGUCUGUAACAGCUCCGUCUACAGGAUCGGUGUGAGAUCACCGGAUGGUUCUGGCGGCUGGUGGCUUGAAAGGCAGGGCUUGUGUUUUUGUGCAGUGUAUGAUGGGAGCCGGGAACGUCUCUGCACUGUCCCGCCUCAGAUCAAAACCCUCGGAGUCUUCCUUAACAUUGGAGGGGGCACGCUGAGCUUCCACAACCCUCUGACCCGGGAGCACCUAGCUACGCUGCCUACGCGCUUCAACCCUGCUGGAGUUGUCCCGGCUCUGGGCCUGGGCCAGGGUCGACUGAGGCUGCGCUGCGGCCUCCCUCCUCCCCCUCAUGUGUUCCUCAGCAAGGACUCGGCCUACAGGGGGCCUUGUGGGGCUGGCGGUGGCCGGUGGCGCAGGGAGAUUCCCUUCCAGUCGGUGAGGAAAGUGAUCCAGAAGUUUGAGGAGCUGACUGUGUCGGACUCAGACUCUGGCCUGGUGUCCAGUUUUGGAUCGUCCUGCUCCACCUUGGCUUCCCUUCCAGAUCUGGGGAUUCCUGGGAUGUUUCCCUCUGGGCAAGCAGGACAGGAGACUUUGGCUGAAUAAAAAACCCUUCAAUGGCAGCAUCAGAAACACACCCACUGCUCCCCGGAGUGUGUGAUCUUUGGCUGUCAUUUGAAAGGCUAAUUUUGCAUCUUGAAGGACUCUUGGCUGCCUCUUUCAACGCUUUGCAUGACCUCUGCAAUUGACUCUCUCCCCAGGAUGCAGCCCUCAACCAAACAACCCCCACUGGUUUGGGAUCGGGCCAGAGAGUCCUCUGUAAUGUAACAUGUGAAGAAUAGGUGGCAGAGGGACUCCUUGUUUUGUCUCUGGCCCUGUUCAGACCUGGCAUUGACUUGCGUCCUGGGUGACAGCUCUAAGUACAGGUAUGAACGCAUUCAAGACGCUUUGAGGACACAUUGAGAUCCGAUCGCUCAGACCACAUUCAGAGGUGGUCUGGGCAACAUAUGUCCACAUUCUUUCAGCAGUGUAUACGCAGACAGACGCAAGCGCUUGUCUGCCUCUCAGCAUGGAACCGGCUUCUGUGCUCUACUCUAUUCUCUAUACAGCUGUA